AUGACAUAUGUUGUGUUUAUUUUGAGUGUUAUUUUUGUGAUUAGUUUUUUAGGGUUUUCUUCAAAGCCUUCUCCUAUUUAUGGGGGGUUUAGUCUGGUUGUAGCUGGCGGUGCAGGUUGUGGGGUUGUAGUUAAUUUUGGUGGGUCUUUUUUGGGUUUAAUGGUUUUUUUGAUUUAUCUUGGGGGGAUGUUGGUUGUUUUUGGUUAUACGGCGGCCAUAGCCAUUGAGGAGUAUCCUGAAGUUUGGGUGUCUAAUGUGGUUGUGCUCGGUGCUUUUGUUUUGGGUGUGGUCAUAGAGUUGGUUUUAGUGCUUUAUAUGUUGAAGGGUGAGGGGUUGAGUGUGGUUUUUGAUCUUGGUGGUCCUGGUGAUUGGGCGACUUAUGAUGUUGGGGGGUCUAGUUUUUUUAGUGAGGAAGCUGCGGGUGUUGCUGCUCUUUAUAGCCAUGGUGCUUGGUUUGUGAUUAUGACCGGGUGGUCUUUGUUUAUUUGUGUUGUUGUUGUUAUGGAGGUUACUCGGGGGAAUAGA